CGUGUGACACGACAAGUCUCACUCAGCGCCCGCCUGCCUUGUGCUCCCACGCCCACGCCCUCCAUCACACUUUUGGCGCCCACCCUGCACGCCUUGGGUUUCAGCAGCUGCACACCAAUCCAUUAUAAUACCACAAAACCACCGAGUCUUGCCAGACCAUUCCAUUCCUUCUAGUUUUUGCUUCUCUAUAUCAAGAAAAAUGGCCGACGUUGCUGUCACUGCACAGCUCCAGCAGUGGACGUUCGAGAAGCCUACCCUGGCUACCCGCUCUGAGCGAUCCAGCUCCGAGAUUUCCACCACCAGCCCGAAACUGUGUGACGAUGUUCCCGACACCCUGAGGAUAGACACCGCGGCCGCACAGGCCUCGACAUCAGCGUCCAGAAAAGAAAACAUCAUGAUGGUCCGCUAUCUGUCCAGCGAGGAAGACCUGUCCGCUAUAGACGACGAACCAGAGAGUGACAUGGACGACUACGAGGAGGCCAUUAUCCACGACCCAACAACAAACGAGUGCAAGGCCCGCACAAAGGGACGGAGCUGCGACAUGGCCGUUCUCGUCUCCUAUGCUUUUGCUGGGCGUCCCAAGGUCGUCGAGCUUGCUGACUGCCGUUCGCCCAUCACUGAGCGCCCGGUGCAGCAACGGUCCGCUUCACUUGCCAACCUGCCAACUGCCGCAAUCAGCAAACUACAAAAAGCAGACUUCACACAACGGCUUUCCAUGAAUGUUCCUCCUACACGUGGCAUCUCGUCGCCAUCCUUUACUCCUUCUGUUUUACCUACAAUCGAAUGUGAAGAUCGACGGCCCUCUACAAGCUAUGGUGGCAUGUCUGAGAAACCUGCCUCCCCGCAUCUUACUGGUACCGCUUCUACCACAUCCUCGUUCCUGACGGCACCCUCGAGUCGAAGCAUUUCACCUGCUUCCAGCGAAGCACCUCGUCGACCAUCCACAUCCGCGGAAAGCCCUCGGUCCUCCGCUUACCUUCCCUCAAGAUCUCGCCUUGACCGUACGACAUCAGAGAUUGUACAACCGCUCAAUCGACACUCACAGCUUGCACCGCUAACACCUCUGUCUCCUGCGCUCUCCUUCCUAAGCUCCGACCCUUACGAAACUUCAAACACCAAUGCCGCGUCUCCCAUCAUCAAGAAGCCCGCAGCACACAAGCGCUUACGGUCGAUAUCCAUGAAACUGGCGCUGGCGAAGAUUGCCAUUGCACCUUCCAAGAAGCCAUACGACGCUCGUGUCAACGGCAAGACACCCCUUACCCCGAUGACGCCUAUGACACCACAAACCGCCCCUAUCGAAGGAUCAGCAAGCUUCUCCAGCCCAAGCAAGCUACGCAGAGCCUCCACCAUUCUACGACCAAAGUCCCGACACGGCGAAUCUGCAAGAGGCCCUUCACCAGACAUGGUACCCCCGAUUCCUUCCUUCAACGCCAGCACGCUCUCGCUCAAGCGAAUGACGAGUAGAAUGGUUGCCCGGGGUGCCGACGAGCGGGAACCUACUCUCGUCCUGCCUCCGUGUCCCGACGCCUCCGACGCCGAUUCCAUGGGCACUGUAAGGCGUAAAACGCUGCGAAAGCGCAAGUCGCUCAUGGAUCUGCUCUAGCCUGGUCGGUCGCAUAAACGCUCGUUUAUUCUUUGUUUCGAAACUACAGCACCCCGCAUUCAAACGCAUGAACGCAUUGACGACCAUCUUUAUUCAUUCAUGCUACAUCCUAGCUAGCACCUUCGCCACCACACUGUACAUGCCACACCACCCUUCCUUCCUUCCUUUCUUUCUUCUUUCGUUUUUGCCUCUAGGGUCAUGGCGGCUUGUUUCAGCUCAGCGACAUCGCAUAAUACCCGGCGUACAUUGUCUUAUCCCAACGUGGUUCAGUCUGUUCGAAAAAGAGGUGAUGAUACCCCUCGCGUUCGCCUUCGUUUGCCUUUAUUUAUUCUUCUUUUCGCUUCUUGGUAAGCGAAGUGUUCGCCGCCGCUCUAUUACACUACACGUAGUAGUUUAGUUCUUACUGUC